GGAGGAGAAGGGAAGGGAGAGCGCCGGAGCCGGCUCAGGGUCAAGAGGGACACUGGGCUCCAGUCGCUGUGGCCGGCCAGGCCCGGGACAGAUUUUAUGUAGGAUAGGUUAUGGAUGAAGAGGGCAUCUUCUGAAGGACAUCGUUAAAAGUGAAUUGUCCGGCGCUGUCCAAAAGGUGAUUCAGACCAUGGGUAUGUCCACUUCCACUCCUGCUGUUGCAGUGCAGGUCUCAACUGCUUCAGAACAUCAGACAGGCUCUCCACCUUCAGGAUGCCCAAUGCACCAAAGAAAAGAAAAAGGUUGUCCAUUGAACAAAAACCCAUCUGACAAAACUUGUGAAAAUCAAUCUUACUCAGUACCUGCACAUCAGGAUCGAGCCUAUGAAUAUGUGGAAUGUCCUGUAACAUCAGCUGCCUAUCAAAAUAAAGAUAACAUUGAUCCUUCAAACAUGAUGCCACCACCUAAUCAGACACCGUCCCCUGGUCAGCCAUUUGCACUAUCAACUGUUAGGGAAGAAUCAUCAAUUCCCAGGGCAGAUUCAGAAAAAAAGUGGGUUUACCCUUCAGAACAGAUGUUCUGGAAUGCCAUGUUAAGAAAAGGAUGGAAGUGGAAAGAUGAUGACAUCAGUCAGAAAGAUAUGUAUAAUAUUAUUAAGAUUCAUAAUCAGAAUAACGAACAGGCUUGGAAGGAGAUUUUAAAGUGGGAAGCUCUUCAUGCCACUGAGUGCCCAUGUGGGCCAACACUGAUCCGAUUUGGAGGUAAAGCUAAGGAAUAUUCACCAAGAGCUAGAAUUCGCUCAUGGAUGGGAUAUGAAUUGCCUUUUGACAGGCAUGACUGGAUUGUUAAUCGUUGUGGAACAGAAGUUAGAUAUGUUAUUGAUUAUUAUGAUGGUGGAGAAGUAAAUAAGGACUAUCAGUUUACCAUCUUGGAUGUCCGUCCUGCUUUUGAUUCUCUUACAGCUGUUUGGGACAGAAUGAAGGUAGCUUGGUGGCGCUGGACUUCAUAACCAUUGCUUUAUUUUCCUUUAAGAAAGAAAACUGUUACUUCCUUUAAAGAGACACAUUAAACUAUUUUUUCAAUUUGUUGUUGAAUUGAUGUGGUGUGUGAUUUAAAUUCACAAUAAUGUUUAUGUUGAUUAAUAGUUAUGCAAUUCGUUUGUGAACUCACAUACUACCUUGCUGACAAAAAGUAUGUAAAAUUUUCUGCUAUCCAGUUUGGAUUUCCCUCAUCAAUCUCAAAGACAUUGUAUUAUAAAAUUAAUGAGAUUAUAUAAAACAUUUAACUCUUGUUUUUAGAAAAAGUAAAUUUUUUAUUUAGCAUUGUUUUGUUUUUAUGUGCUUGAAAGUAGAUGUGUGAAAACUAAACUUGAUGUUUGUAACCACUAUAUUAAUUGCCUAGGAAAUAGACAUAAGUUUUUGUAUGACAGGUAAUUUUUUGAAGAUAAAAUAUACUAAAAUGAUUGCUGCAUAUUAAGACUAUGUUGGAAAUAUAUUUAGUAUAGUUAAAUCAGUUUUGGACCUUCACAUUUCAUUUAGAUUUAACUUUCUUAUAAAAGUGAUUUAAAUUGUAAAAUGGUUCAGUGAUAGAAAUCUUAUGGAUCAUGUUAAACAGUUUCUAGUAUAAUAUAUUAUACUGAUUUUGAAAUUUGACAGAUCAUGUUUUAAGGACUUUUUCACACUGUUGAAAGCAUGACUUAAUAAUACAUGAAGAGCUUCUCUCCUUUAAGGCAAGAUUAAGUUAAGAAUUUAACCUUUUGUGUAUGUGAUCUAAGUAUAAAACAUGCCUAAGUUUAAUAGGCAUGUUUUAUACUUAGAUUACAUACACAAAAGGUUAAAUUCUUUUAUCAUAUUCAGACUGGUUUUGUGGGGAUUUUUAUUCUUUUCAUAAUAGUCCUUAAGAUAAUUUGUUUUAUAAAGAAAAAAUAAAAUUAAUCGUGAAUUUUU